AUGAGGCAAAUUUCUCCCACGAAUGCUGUCAAGGUAACAGGAGUCAAGCGUUUCGUGCCUUGCUUCUUUGCUCCCGUAGCAACACCCAAGGGGCUAGUGGAUCUUAGGGGCAAAGUAGGCAAUCUGCCUUAUACCAUCAUUGAUGUCGGCUGGUGGUUCCAGUUCAGUCUGCCAAAUUUGCCCUCUGUGCGUAUCGAUUAUGCUCACAGUGGCUUGGAUAUACGCAUUCCUGGAGACGGCAACGUGUCAUCAUCAUUUACUGACAAUCGCGACAUUGGAAAAUUCGUCGCUCGCAUUAUCGCUGACCCUCGGACUUUGAAUCAGCAGGUCUUCGUGUAUUCUGAGAUGACCACUGUGACAAAGAUCUAUGGUCUUCUAGAGAAGAUUAGCAACGAGAAGAUCUCGCGCCGUUAUAUAAGCACCAUCUCCGGAGACGAACUUCUUGAGAGCAUCAACAAGUGUGGAGAUUCUCGCGACCUGAGCAACGACAAAUUUCCCCAGAAGGUUGUUCAUCGGUGUUGGUACUCGUGGGAAAUUCGCAGCGAGAACACUGAUGAUCAUGCCAAGUACUUGGGCUAUGUCGAUGGGAAUAACCUCUAUCUAGACAUAAAGACGAGAUCCUUCGAAGACUACAUUAGGGAAAUCCUGUCCGAGCAAAGCGUUUGA